CCUCCUCAGUAUAAAUAAAUGCACCCUGCUGGGUUUGUUUCCUACGAACAGAGCAAUCACAAUGGACACAGUCAUUUUCCUCCUUGUUCUUUCAACACUUGCGCAGCAGGUAGUAUGUUUCGUUGAGACUGAGACCUCAUACAGAGCUAUAGUGGAGAAGGUGUCGGGGGACUCAAGGAUCUUCUCUGGGGAAACUGUCCGGCUGAAAUGUGUCAUUCCUGAUGUCUACAUGUCCACCUGGAGUUACCUGUGGUACAGGGGGUCUGAACUUCUGCCGCAGACUGAGGAGUACUUUGUUCUGUGGAAUGCUGGGGUUAAAGACGGUGGGAAAUUUUAUUGUAAGGGAGCGAGGGACACAGCGGUGGGAAACAUAUACACCCUUCAAAGUCUGCCUGUGGAGAUCAGUGUGGAUGGAGGGUUUGCUAUCCUGCGAGUCCCACCUCAUCCUGGCCUUGUUGGACAAACCUUAAAGGUCACAUGUCACCUCCGACGCAACUUCCCAAUUCAUGAGGUGAUUCUGUACAAAGAUGGUGUAGAAAUUAUGAGACAAUCCAGCCCACAAUUUGACCUGAUCAACUUGUCUCUCAACGACAAUGGAAUGUAUUCUUGUCGGGCUUCCUGGGAUGCAGACGGACAAACUCACUCAGCACUAUCAGCGGAUACUCCUGUGCAGAUCUUAGUGGUUCUGACACAGCCUGUUUUGGAGAUCGAUACCAACGAAGGCCUGACUCCAGGAUAUUUCACUCUCAUCUGCAACACCCAAUACAAUGCCCACGCUCCAAUACAUUACUAUUUCUACAGGAAUGACAAUCGACUAGGACCAGCAGCCUCUGAAAAUAAUAAUCUGGUCAGACAGCUUCCAGGCCUGUACGAAUGCAAGGCCAGGGUGCCUCUGUUGGGCGUCAGCAUGCGGAGUGAGCCCAAAAGCUUUGAGCAGUGACAGAUGAUUAAAAGUAAAUGUAACCUGCCAUGUGUCCUUGACAAAAAAUUUAAGCCCUAAUCUUCCUCCUGAAUUGUCUCCAUCCCCUCUCCCAUCCACUGUAGCCUCUGCUUUUAGUCAGCCUACUGAACUGAGUACCCAACCCUCAGAUCCUCUGCUGAAGCCUUCACAGCCAACUCCAACCCCUCUGCUACCCCCAGUCCAGUCUAUCGACUGGACUGCUACCCCUAUCAGAGAUAAUUCUGCCUCUUUAUCUCAGGAAUCUGGAGUCUGGAGAAUCUGGUGACAUGCCCAAGGAGUCUGGUGACAUGUCUGGGAAUUCUCCAGAAACUGUCACAUAAUAUCAUACAUUAUAGACUGUAACAGAAAUUAAUGAUCCUAAAUCAGUGUAAUAAUGUGUGACUUUUAUCUCUUUUUAUAUGAUUGUGUAAAAUAAAUUUGAAAGAUUACUAAGUUCUUCUAUCUAUCUAUCUUCCACGCUUCAUGAUCUCAUCUGUCGGAAACUAACUUGAUCAGUAGUGUAUGAUAUAAUGACUAAUGCCAUAUAGAAAAUAAAGCAUUCCAUAAAUGAUG